AUGGAGUGGUGCAACCGCUGCCACAGCUUCCUCUUGCUGCUACCUCUGGUGCUGGGGCUGAGUGCCUCCCUGGGCUGGGCAGGUGCACCGCCUGUAGAUGUGCUCCGGGCUCUGAGGUUCCCCUCACUCCCUGACGGUGUCCGGAAGACAAGGGGCAUCUGUCCAGCUGAUGUGGCCUACCGUGUGUCCAGGCCUGCCCAGCUCAGCGCACCUACCUGCCAGCUCUUUCCAGGAGGUUUCCCCAAAGAUUUCUCUCUGCUGACUGCUGUCCGGACUCGCCCUGGCCUCCAGGCUGCCCUCCUGACUCUCUACAGUGCCCAGGGUGUGCGGCAGCUGGGCCUGGAGCUGGGCCGGCCUGUCCGUUUUCUCUAUGAGGACCAGACCGGGCGGCCUCAACCACCGGCCCAGCCAGUCUUCCGAGGCCUCAGUCUAGCAGAUGGCAAGUGGCACCGUGUGGCUGUGGCAGUGAAAGGCCAGUCUGUAACCCUCAUUGUUGACUGCAAGAAACGAGUCACCCGGCCCCUCACCCGCAGUGCUCGGCCGGUGUUGGACACUCAUGGGGUGGUGAUCUUUGGUGCCCGUAUCCUGGAUGAAGAGGUCUUUGAGGGUGACAUCCAGGAGCUUGUCAUUGUUCCGGGUGUCCAAGCUGCCUACGAGUCUUGUGAACAGAAGGAGCUGGAGUGUGAGAAGGAGAGACCUCCUCACCAACAGGCUCAUAGAGCCCAGAGAUCUCCCAAGCAGCAGCCUUCAAGACUUCACAGGCCACAGAGCCAGGAGCCGCAGCACCAGCCACUUGAGCCUCUCUACUAUGACUACGAGCCCCUCUAUUACGAUGGGAUGACCACGGGGACGACCCCUGACUAUCAGGACCCUACCCCAACAGAAGAGGAAGGUGUCCUGGAGGCCAGCCCCUUGCCAACCCCUGAGGAGGAGCAGACAGACCUCCAGGUCCCCCCCACAGCCAGCAGGUUCCAGGGAGAGGAGUACGGGGUGGGUGGCACUGCCGCCCCGGUAGGGUCCUACGAUUACGCCUAUGGCUAUGGGGACGAUUAUCGGGAGGAGACGGAACUUGGCCCUGCCCUUUCUGCGGAGACAGCCCACUUGGGAGCCGCUGCCCAUGGACCCCGGGGGCUGAAGGGAGAGAAGGGUGAGCCUGCAGUGCUGGAACCUGGUAUGCUUGUGGAGGGGCCUCCCGGUCCAGAAGGUCCUGCGGGGAUGACUGGUCCACGAGGCAUCCAAGGGAACCCAGGCCCAGUUGGUGAUCCUGGCGAGAGGGGCCCUCCUGGCCGAGCAGGACUGCCUGGAUCGGAUGGAGCCCCUGGCCCUCCUGGCACGUCCCUCAUGCUCCCAUUCCGAUUUGGCAGUAGUGGAGGUGACAAGGGUCCUGUGGUGGCUGCGCAGGAGGCUCAGGCCCAGGCGAUUCUGCAGCAGGCUCGGCUGGCGCUCCGUGGACCUCCUGGCCCCAUGGGAUAUACAGGCCGCCCGGGACCCCUGGGCCAACCUGGGAGCCCUGGCCUGAAAGGAGAAUCAGGAGACCUGGGCCCUCAGGGUCCCAGAGGACCACAAGGCCUCACUGGUCCCCCUGGCAAGGCUGGGAGAAGGGGCAGAGCCGGUGCCGAUGGAGCCCGAGGGAUGCCGGGAGAACCUGGAGUAAAGGGUGACCGAGGUUUUGAUGGACUCCCAGGGCUGCCUGGGGAGAAGGGACACAGGGGUGAUACUGGUGCACAGGGCCCUCCUGGGCCCCCUGGUGAGGAUGGAGAGCGGGGAGAUGAUGGCGAGAUUGGGCCCCGGGGGCUGCCUGGAGAGUCGGGACCUCGUGGGCUGCUUGGCCCCAAAGGCCCGCCUGGGAUUCCUGGACCCCCGGGAGUCCGUGGCAUGGAUGGUCCCCAGGGCCCCAAAGGGAGCUUGGGACCCCAGGGAGAACCAGGACCUCCUGGACAGCAGGGCACUCCAGGGACCCAGGGUCUUCCUGGGCCCCAGGGUGCCGUUGGCCCUCAUGGAGAGAAGGGUCCUCGCGGGAAGCCAGGCCUCCCAGGCAUACCUGGCUCUGACGGACCCCCGGGUCACCCCGGGAAGGAAGGCUCCCCUGGAACCAAAGGCAACCAGGGUCCCUCUGGGCCUCAGGGGCCUCUCGGCUACCCAGGACCUCGUGGUGUCAAGGGUGUGGAUGGCAUCCGGGGUCUGAAGGGGCAUAAAGGAGAGAAGGGCGAGGAUGGCUUUCCUGGGUUCAAAGGUGACGUAGGAGUGAAAGGCGACAGGGGCGAGGUCGGAGUCCCUGGUUCCAGGGGAGAGGAUGGUCCCGAGGGACCGAAAGGACGCACUGGACCCACGGGAGACCCUGGGCCUCCUGGACUCAUGGGCGAGAAGGGCAAGCUGGGCGUUCCUGGUCUGCCUGGCUACCCCGGACGCCAGGGACCCAAGGGCUCCCUGGGAUUUCCUGGUUUUCCUGGAGCCAGUGGCGAGAAGGGAGCCCGGGGCCUGUCAGGGAAAGCAGGACCUCGAGGAGAGCGAGGCCCCACGGGCCCGCGGGGUCAGCGGGGACCCCGAGGUGCUACUGGAAAGUCUGGAGCUAAGGGAACAUCGGGUGGUGAUGGCCCCCAUGGGCCCCCCGGAGAAAGAGGUCUUCCUGGACCACAGGGCCCCAACGGAUUUCCUGGUCCCAAAGGACCCCCGGGUCCCCCAGGGAAGGAUGGGCUGCCUGGACACCCUGGCCCUAGAGGAGAAGUGGGCUUCCAAGGAAAGACUGGCCCCCCUGGACCCCCAGGAGUGGUGGGACCUCAGGGAGCAGCAGGAGAAAGCGGCCCCAUGGGGGAGAGGGGUCACCCUGGCCCCCCAGGACCUCCUGGAGAGCAAGGCCUGACUGGGACAGCAGGAAAAGAAGGCACAAAGGGUGACCCUGGUCCUCCUGGGGCCCCAGGGAAGGACGGUCCUGCUGGUCUGAGGGGCUUUCCAGGGGAGAGAGGCCUCCCGGGCACUGCUGGUGGUCCUGGCUUGAAGGGUAACGAAGGUCCGGCUGGCCCCCCUGGGCCUGCGGGCUCCCCUGGGGAACGAGGCGCAGCAGGAGCCGGGGGACCCAUUGGUCCUCCGGGGCGCCCAGGCCCACAAGGUCCCCCUGGAGCAGCUGGCGAGAAAGGCGUCCCGGGCGAGAAGGGGCCGAUUGGUCCGACGGGUCGUGACGGGGUGCAGGGUCCUGUGGGGCUGCCUGGUCCUGCUGGCCCCCCGGGUGUGGCUGGCGAGGAUGGAGACAAGGGUGAGGUGGGAGAUCCUGGACAGAAAGGCGCCAAAGGGAACAAGGGCGAGCAUGGCCCCCCUGGACCUCCUGGACCUAUUGGCCCUGUGGGGCAGCCCGGAGCGGCGGGAGCGGAUGGGGAACCCGGAGCCCGGGGACCCCAGGGACACUUUGGAGCCAAAGGUGAUGAAGGAACAAGAGGGUUCAAUGGGCCCCCAGGACCCAUUGGUUUACAGGGUUUGCCAGGUCCCUCUGGGGAGAAAGGAGAAACAGGAGACGUGGGUCCUAUGGGACCACCCGGACCCCCAGGACCUCGAGGCCCAGCUGGACCCAACGGUGCCGAUGGCCCACAAGGACCCCCAGGAGGUGUUGGGAACCUGGGUCCCCCAGGAGAGAAGGGGGAGCCAGGAGAGUCUGGAUCUCCAGGGGUCCAGGGUGAGCCAGGUGUCAAGGGCCCACGUGGGGAGCGUGGGGAGAAAGGAGAGUCGGGGCAGCCAGGAGAGGCAGGACCACCAGGGCCUAAAGGCCCUACAGGCGACGAUGGUCCCAAGGGGAAUCCUGGGCCUGUUGGUUUCCCUGGUGACCCUGGCCCCCCUGGAGAAGCUGGCCCUCGGGGCCAGGAUGGUGCUAAGGGUGACCGCGGGGAGGAUGGCGAGCCCGGACAGCCUGGAUCCCCUGGUCCCACUGGGGAGAAUGGACCACCUGGACCACUUGGAAAGCGGGGUCCUGCUGGCACGCCUGGUCCAGAGGGACGACAAGGAGAGAAGGGCGCUAAGGGGGAUCCUGGGGCUGUGGGCGCCCCGGGGAAGACCGGCCCUGUGGGUCCUGCGGGCCCAGCAGGAAAGCCGGGUCCUGACGGCCUGCGGGGGCUGCCAGGCUCAGUGGGUCAACAAGGCCGUCCUGGAGCCACGGGCCAAGCUGGACCUCCUGGCCCUGUGGGACCCCCAGGGCUUCCUGGACUCCGGGGUGAUGCUGGAGCCAAAGGAGAGAAGGGUCACCCAGGUCUCAUUGGGCUGAUAGGGCCCCCUGGGGAGCAGGGAGAGAAGGGUGAUCGGGGACUUCCUGGGCCUCAGGGCUCCCCAGGACAGAAGGGAGAGACGGGUAUCCCAGGAGCAUCUGGUCCCAUGGGCCCUGGAGGGCCCCCUGGCCUCCCUGGACCUGCUGGCCCCAAAGGAGCCAAAGGAGCCACAGGCCCAGCUGGACCCAAGGGUGAGAAGGGCGUUCAGGGCCCUCCAGGACACCCGGGUCCCCCAGGAGAGGUGAUCCAGCCGCUGCCCAUCCAGAUGCCCAAGAAGACCCGCCGCUCAGUGGACGGCAGCCGCCUGAUGCAAGAAGAUGAGGCGACACCAACUGGGGGCGUCCCAGGAACCCCUGGGGGGCUGGAGGAGAUCUUUGGCUCACUGGACUCCCUGCGGGAGGAGAUCGAACAGAUGCGUCGGCCGACGGGCACCCAGGACAGCCCGGCUCGCACCUGCCAGGACCUGAAGCUGUGCCAUCCGGAGCUGCCUGACGGAGAGUACUGGGUUGACCCCAACCAGGGCUGUGCCCGCGACGCCUUCCGAGUUUUCUGCAACUUUACGGCUGGAGGGGAAACGUGUGUGACACCCAGGGAUGACGUCACAAAGUUCUCCUACGUGGAUGCAGAGGGCUCCCCAGUGGGUGUGGUGCAGCUCACCUUCCUGCGGCUGCUCAGCGUCUCCGCCCACCAGGAUGUCUCCUACCCGUGCUCCGGGGCCUCCCGGGAUGGGCCCCUGAGGCUCCGGGGAGCCAACGAGGACGAGCUAAGCCCUGAGACCAGCCCCUAUGUCAAGGAAUUCCGAGACGGCUGUCAGACGCAGCAAGGCCGGACAGUGCUGGAGGUGCGCACGCCUGUGCUGGAGCAGUUGCCCGUGCUGGACGCCUCCUUCUCGGACCUGGGAGCCCCUGCAAGGCGGGGCGGGGUGCUGCUGGGGCCUGUGUGCUUCAUGGGCUAG